AUGGAUAGAAGCGAGAAUUCAAAAUCGCCUACUGUAGGCGCUGAAUCUUCAGUAGCUGGACGUUCGGAUUCUAUCUCACCGAAGUCCUCAAAAACUCAAGGUUCGGAUGCUACACCACCACAAACUCCUCGUCGUUUCUCCUCCUCUUCGGCUCGUAGCUUUGAUAAUAGCGAUUACUAUAAUACUACACUUAAAAAUCAACGAGUUUCUUCAGCAAUGUCUUUUUAUAAUAGGGGUUAUAGUCGAGGUCUUGCUCGUCGUGUCUCAAUGAAUUCAUCGAUAUCAAAUUUUAGCACAAUGUCAGAGACUUCACUUCCUUGGACUACCAAGGAUAUCGGUUUCAACGCGAUUUCUGGAGUGUUAAAUAACCCAAACACGAAAUCACCUAACAGUGUAAGACCUUCGAAGAACGAUAUUCCAACAGUGCCUCACGUUAAUAUAAGGAAAGUUAAACCAUCCGAUUUUAGUAGUUAUAUAAAACAGAUUACUCCUGUAUUUGAAAGGUACAGUCAUAAUAAAGAACUUGAUGCUGAAGGAUUACAAUCAAGAAAAUCCACAUUACCCUUAACAGAAUCUCCGGUUGCAUCCGUAACUAAUUUAUUGGCGAACAAUCUUGAGGAUUUACAAGCCUCUAAAGAGGCAGAAAAUCAGAUUCCAGUUCAUCGACUUGCCAGUACACGAAACCCUUAUACAGUUCAUUUACCUCUUCCUUCACCGGGAGAUGAUCAAACACCAGAACCUGUCAUAGAACUUCCAUUAUUAGAGACAGUUCCUUCAAUAUUUUUUGAUCCCGAGUUUAAUUUAGAAAAUCCUCGAACUUUUGAUAUUGUUUGUGAACAAACAGAUAUUAUAGGGGGCAAUCCUAAAAAUCCUACAAUUUCAACAAACGCAAUUUUACAAGAAAAACUUUCACACUAUCUUGAUACGGUUGAAGUUCAUUUAGUUAAAGAAAUUUCAUUAAGAUCAUCAUCAUUUUUUGCCGCUUUAUCAAAUCUUCAAGCCUUACAUUCUGAAACAUUAGAAUGUAUUUCGCAAAUUAAUAAUUUAAGAGAAAAAUUAGAUGAAGUAGAUAAUGCUCAAGCAAAAAAAGGACUUGAAGUUGUUAGAUUAAAAAGACGUCGAAUAAAUAUGGGAAGACUUUAUGAAGGAUUAAGAAUGGUUUCCGAAAUCAGAUCUACUCAACCGAUGAUACAAGUGUUACUGGGGCAGGGAGAUUAUUUUUCUGCUUUAGAUUUAAUAGAUGAGGCAAAUAACAAAUUACAUGGUGAUGAAAGUCAAAAAAUACAAUCGGAAGAAAAAAUUAUUGAACAAGGAACAAAAAAUUCGGAUAUAACAAAUCCUAAAACUACAAUGGUAAGGCGAUCAAGUAAUGUAGUCGACGGAUUUAAAAGGACGGGAACUAUUGAUUUAAGAGGUGUUAAAGCACUUAUGCAUUUUAGUGGCCAACUUACUGAAAUGCAUAAAUCGAUUGGAGUAAUGAUGGAAAAUGAUUUAUUAAAUAUGUUAUUUCUUGAUUUUGAAGAAAACGUUGAAAACGUAAAUAAGACAGAUAUAAUACGAUCACUUUAUAAUUACAAAAUUCCUCAAUCAACGAAACACAAUACCACAUCUAUAAGGGUUACUAUUGAUUCUGAAAUAAUAGAAAAGGAGGAUAAUUUGAAAAAAAGAAUAACUCCACUUGUUUUAGGGUUAUAUAGAGUGAAUCGUCUUGCUUCCGCUUUGCAUGCAUAUCAUGAAAGAAUAUUAGAAGAAAUUAAAAAAUUAAUUCAAAUUCAAAAGCAUCAUCCCUCGUCUACGCCACUUACCGAUUCAAGAGAAGAACAAUUAAGCGAUUUUUCAAAGGAACAGAGUUCAAGAAUGUCAAAAUUUUUAAAAGGAAUGACUUUUGAUGCAUUCCUAGAUAUGCUUUUAUCUAUAUAUUCUGUUUUACUUGAAGGAAUGAAAAGAAUUGCGAUAUAUAACGAACUCUUCACAACAAUAUUAGGAGAUGUAGAAAUAUCUAGUUAUCAAAUUCAAAAAGGCACAAAUAUUUCAGAGGAAGAGACAAAAUCAUUAUAUGAAGAUGACAAUCAAACUUUAGAGAAUGUAUUUGGUGUUAAAGAUGAACAGACUACAGUUACAUCAAAGAACAAUUCAAGUAGUUCUCUCGAUAAAGAAUCCAAAAUUAAAAAUGAUUCAAAUAGUUCUCUUGAUAGGCUUACUUUGUCUAGAAAGGAUUCUAAUAGUUCGCUUGAUAAAGAAGAAAAUCCUAAAAGUGGUUCAUCUAGUUCUCUUAAUUCCACCAGUUCAUUAAAUUCCAAGUUUAGUGCUCUUAAGAUCACAACAGGGAUUAAGUCUAUAAUACAAAAAACUUCUUCUUUAACAAACAAACCUACAUUAUCUACUCCGGCCGAAAAAGAAGCAACUAUAACAUCACCUUUAACCAAAACAAAAUCAAAGAAAUCUAAGCCUGAUUCUGAUAGUCAUUCACAGUCAAUGUCAGAUUCUGCACAAAUUGUAUAUGCUGCAGCUGAUUUAGCACAUGUUCGUUGUGCUAACUUAAUUGCAGUGAGAGCAGAUCAAAAUGCUCAACUUAAUCAGAAGGACUUUUAUAGAUUAUUUAACGUUACUACGGCAUUUGUUUUAGAAUGCGAAGGGUUAUGUGGUCGAAUGUGUUAUGGUUUGCGCGGGACGAUCACGUCACAAGCGAAAGCUUUCUUGAAUCAUUUUCAUAUGGAAAGAACAAGACAAGCAGCCACACUUGUUGAAAAUGAGCAAUGGGUGCAAGAACAAGUACCAAUUGAUUAUCAACGUAUUAUAGAUAAAAUAGUUAACGCAGCAACGUCGGGAUUAUCAGAAUUCAAAGAUGAUCCUUCGGAUUCUACGUCAUCACCAAUUUCGCCAGUUUUCCCUAUGACAGGAUUGCGCAAUGGUGACAGUGAGAAUAAUACUAAUAACACUUCUAAUGGUACUAAAACCCCACCUGUUAGUCAAAUAAAUAAUGGUAGUAGUAAAUAUAUAUUUGUUGAAGAGAGAAGAUUUUUCGUGGUUGGAUGUAGUUUAACAUUAAUUAAAUUAAUUGGAGAUUAUUUGAGAUGCAUAGCAAAUGUACCUCCUUUAACCACUGAGACUAUGAAUAGAAUUGUUGAUAUUUUAAAUGUAUUCAAUUCUCGAACUUGUCAAGUUAUUUUGGGAGCUGGCGCUAUGAAAUCUGCAGGGUUAAAAAAUAUUACUGCAAAACAUUUAGCUCUUGCAUCUCAAUCACUUGGACUUAUGACUAUUUUAAUUCCAUUCAUUCGUGAAUGUAUAAGAUAUAGUCUUAAUGCUAAACAAGCUGUCAUGCUGACAGAAUUCGAUCGAAUUAAAAGGGACUAUAUUAAUCACCAAAAUGAAGUACAUGGCAAAUUGGUAUCUAUCAUGAGCGAACGAUUAGCAAUUCAUUUAAAAACAUUCCAGGCUAUAGACUGGAAUGAAGAAAGUACAAGAAAGGGUCCUAAUCAAUAUAUGGAAAUAUUAGUAAAAGAAACUACAACAUUACAUAAAGUAUUAAAUAAAUAUUUACCACCAGAAAUUUUACAAAAUGUAAUGACAGAAGUAUUUAAUUCGUCUAAUUCAAAACUUUCAGAAGAAAUUGGUAAUAUUAAAUUUAUUACAGAAACUGGUAAAAAAAGGUUAAUGACAGAUGCUCAAUAUUAUGUUAGAAAAUUAUCAACAUUAGAAGGGUUACAAGGUCCUUCAAAUGAUUUAGAAAUAGCAGUUAACAAUAUACAAAUUAAUGAAAUUAAUGAUAAUUCAUCAAAAGAAGAUUUAUCUAAUACAACCAAAACUACAAAUAUUUCACCAUCAUCAAAAUAA